UUCGGAUACAUUUUAUAGGAUUUCGCUCUUUGAUUUUAAAGUAGCGCUUUACAUCACAUUUCAUGCUGACAAUCUUGAUGCUUGUACAGUCAGUCGACUGUCUUCUAUCACUUCCUAUCAGCACCAGCAACAAUCACUUAAGAUGACUUCAAAUGCCAGUGCAUCUACUUCCGCUCUGGCCAGGCUAUCAUGAUGCUUGAUGCGGCGUCGGGUAUUCUGUCCAAGUAUUUGAUACUUGAAAAUGCCAGUCUACCAACGCUACAGAGCACUUGUCUGUACGUGGUGCGUGGAGCGGUGUAUUUCACUGUCUGCUACGUGCGCAAGGCUACUUCUCGGACUUACGCUGGUACUUUCACCUUAUUUUGGCUUUUCUCGACGUAGAAGGCAACUAUUUUGCUGUAAGGCCUUCGAUUAUGUCAAUUACGCGUCUCAUAUUGAACAUGACAGUGACUUUUGUGGCGCUCUUUUGCUUCCUGUUUCUGAAGACGCGUUUCUCGGCUUGCUAUUACCUUGGCUCAACAAUUACAUUCAGUGGACCAAUUGUAAUUUCUGCAACUGAGUAUACAUCGUCUGCUAAUGGUACUAGCAGUCGUGGGAUACGUGGCGAUAUGUACGCACUCAUCGCUGCUGCGUACUAUGCCACGUCAAAUGUUAAAAUUUAAGCUGUGGUCAGAUGUGCAAUGUGAGUUCAAACAUUGAAGUUUUAGGAUUUUUAGGCUUUCAAGCAUCGAUCGUGUCGAUGAUAUUGAUUCUUGAAUUUUACUCCAUACAAAGUGUGGUCUCUACUGGUCGUGUGUAUGGUUAUCUGACGAGUUACAUGGACUGUUUCUCGUCUUUUUCACUGUCAGCUCAAUGUUUGUUUGCUGGGCCGAGUCACUCAUGUUCAGCUUCAGUUUACUCAUGGUCCAAUCUUCUCCGUUGCCAUCUCUUACCUCAAAUUUGAUUAGACCGUUGACAAGUGGUAUUGGCCGGCUCUGAUACAUUGACCUUAUUUGUUACAGCACAGCCCCUGCGCCAAAGGAGAUCCCGAUAUAUUAGGAUAAAAGAGCUCGACUGGCGGUUACGGCGAGCAAAAUAUGCUUAACUUGCAAGCCUACUUAGCUGUAAAAUGUGCUUGUAUUCGUUAAGAAACUAGCGUAAGGCAAGAACGACAUGAGCUAUGCUUGGCCGCAAGAGAAUGGUUUCGUUUUAACUAUUGAUGUCCGUGUCGAGAUCAAAGCUUUUCGGGUUAUUCUAUGCAUGAAUUCACGUAGAGUCAUCUGGCGGCUAUUGCGCUAAGCCUAACAUGUUAUCACCGAGAGCCUGCUCUGAAGACGCGUCGGAAGGCAAAAGGCAUACUUUGCCUAAUAUGUUUUUUCCGAUGACAUCUUUCUGCGAACGAUCCGUCGUCUCGCGCUGGUGAAUGGCAGCUAAUUUUGUGAUCACUUCAUCGACGCCAGGGUAAUUAUCGUCUACGUCAGAGCCUGUAUCGAGCACGAGAGCUUUAUUCAUAGGUCAUCAAGUACUCAGAGUGUCGGAUUGGUAUUGUCGUCAUCAAUGUACUGCUGCACUUCGUCGCGCAUAUUUACGAUCUCAGAGUUGUACAAGAUCAAACAAAUUUACAACAGCUCGACAAUCUCGUCAAGGUCACCGGAUUCAUAGUUGAUUUCUAUGGUGCCGCAAAAGUUCGAGCUGUUUGAAACAAUUGUAUGCAUCGCAAGAAGAUCUCAAUGCAGACAAGGCUAGCUGCGUAAAGCAUGUGAGGUGGCCUUCAGAUGACCACUCUAGCUGCUCUGCGUUUGAUUUAGCAACAGCUAAGCCUUUACAGUUUUAAAGACGU